AUGCCUUCCUCUGUCCUUUUCUCAUUGAUCGCUCUCCAACUACUUUUUCCUUCUAUUGACUGUGUUCAAUGCUUUACAGGUCUUUUCUUAUUGUCACAGUUUGUUUCCCAGAAACUAAGGUUGAUUUAGGAUCUCGCGGAGAGGUCAAAGGGAUUAAGUCUGAAAGUUUUGUUGGAACAAUAUGCGACCAAGGACUUUCCAAUUGCUUCUAUUCCCAUAACAAGGACUUUACGGAGAUGACAGCAAGUUGUGAAAAGUUGGAAACUCAGCAGUUGACAAAAAAAGCUUGCAAGGUGAUUAUCGGAAAUUCUCAAAGCGACUUCCCGAAAAUGAGAAAAUUGAAUUUUCCAAAAAAAAAAAAAAGAAACAUUUCAGUAUAUUUAAAUACUUUCAUAAACUUGACAAACCCUGUUAUGAUUUUGACUGACCAGGUGAGAGACUAAUAUUCGCCAAUGUUCUUUAUUUAUUACUUAUGCGAAUAAAACUUCUAACAUUUCAGUUUUCUUCGGCGAAAUAUUUUAAUGAAAAAAAGUUCAAAUUUAUUGAACGUAGGUCGGAAAUUUCGAAUUUUUUUUUUCUUUUUCAAACUUCGAAUUCAGGCAGAAAAUGGUUGUUUUACUGGGGCUUCUGGGAUUACGGUAUGUUGCUGUAACGGCGAUUUCUGCAACGACAUGCAUCAGAGGAAGCGCCUGUCUUAA